ACUUCACUGAAUCUACUCCAUGUCACUCGAUUUUUUUACUUUCAAAAGUUCCAACUGUAUAUAGUUCUACGCGUACAAACAACUGACUAUAGAUCAUUACUUUUGUUUCUCACCCGUUUCUGUGGAUCUAUAGCUCUCCUAUGGAGAAUUAUAUUGACAGAUAUGAGAAUGGAGAAUUUGAACAUGAAGAUAAUUACGGGUACCUUGAUGAAUUUGGCAAUGACAGGUGGAGCCAGGAUGAAACGUGGACUAAUCCCGUCUAUUCCACGGAAAUUGAUGGAAUGGUUAGAAUCAACUUGUCAGAAUUGACCCAGAAAAUAAUCGGUUGCGAAAUUGGUGAAAAUGUCACAACUGAAUAUCCAUGGAUAUUCGUGAAAAAAGAAAUAAUAGAAGAUAAUCUUGAUCUCCACCCUGAGAACAGUGACUUUCUUCGAAUCAGAGAUGAAAUAUUUCAAUACCCCAACGAUACAAUUCUCAUUGGUCUAGCACCAAAUAGAGCAAAUAAUCCAGAAUUUUACAUCUGCUUAACGAAAGCUAGUUGCGACACUGUCGUUAAUAAAAUUGAAGCAUCUCGAAAUGAUCAAGAAAGUUUCGUAAAAAAUGCCGUUAUCAGGGAGCCUGGGCACUGGUACGACUUGGGUAGCCAUAAAAACAUCGAUGAGUCAACAAUAGUGAACACCAGACCCCUUUUCGAGAGUGAAAUCGUUGUGAAGGGGGAGUUUUUCAAAGCCCCCAUUACACUGGUGGAUCGUAAUGCGGAUGAUCAGAGAGACAGUUAUGUGGAGCUCGUAACUCUCAGACAGUCUUUCAACAACGUUAUAACCAGGAGACUUGUGUCCCGAGGCGAUGAUACCAAUCCUUAUAUUUAUGAUAACAAUACUCAAACGUCAUCUCAAAAACCUCUAAAUUCUUGGUUUCAAUACAGCACUUACGACUAUAAACCGAUCAAUACUGUGGCUUAUAUUGAAGAUGAAACCAGAGCGUUACAGAAACUUCUGCGUACACGUACACACGACAUAUGUGACAAAGUACUGAUGAAUACCGCAUGGGACAUUUACACAGAUGAGUGCAGAAAAUUGGUUAAAAAUGAUCGAGAUAUUCAGAUACCAGUGCCUGUUGUUUACGAGGAAUACCAAAAUUAUCACAACAUUGAAAUAACUAAAGACAAAGUCAUCAAUGAUCUUUGUUGGCAUCCAUUGUGGACCGGAAUCGCUGUGACUGCUUAUAAAGACCAUUCCAAAAGUGAAAAUCUCACAGGAAAAUAUCUACCAACUAGUCAUAGUUCAACAACUUGCCUAGGAGAUAAUUGCAUAUUAAUCUGGUCGUUCAAUGACUGCCUUAAACCAAAAUUGGUUCUCCAGUGCUUUCCAGAAGUAACGACUAUCUCUAUAAGACCACUCGAUGGUACUAUAGUUAUUGGUGGCUGUGGUAAUGGCCAGAUGGCAAUAUGGCAAAUAAGUGGAGAAAUUGAAAACGUUGAAACAAUCACAGCCGUUACACCUACCCAGACAAAAUCUAAAGUGGUGUUAAAAAAUUUAAUGGAGUGGAUGAAAGAACCAAUAGGUUACACGAAAAUUCAUCCGACUGCAAUGUCGUCAAUUCAGUCGAGUCAAAAAGCCCCUAUAACUCAAAUUAUUUGGCUGCCUACAUACACUAGAAUCGGUCAAAACGGUAGAUUUGUACAGCUAGAAGAUGCAGACAGUGCUAGCAAAGAAAUUGGAUGGCAAUUCGUAACGUCCAGUGAGGAUGGUACAGUGGCCUUCUGGGAUCUGAGAAUACAAGAGAAUAUCGAUAUCACUGAACAAAUAAAAAAAAAGAAAACAAGCCCGAAUUAUACUGCUGAGAAAUUGAAACAAUCAAUAUCACCAUUAAAAGCUCUCGACGAUGUCUUAACACCGAUAUACAUGCUUAUGGUGAAGCAUCCCGAGGAGGAACGUCGUGUUACCAUUACAACCAUGAGCAUCUACGUACCGAGAGAGGAAAAGAUGCAAAUCGAGCCAUUCUCCAAGAGCACUGACAUUGCAAUAAGAAAAUACUAUAAAUACAUAACGACUAAGAGAAAUCACGAAAUGGUAAAAAUGAUUUUCAUCGGUACUUUAGAAGGUGAUGUAGGCACAAUAACAUGGGACGGUUUCGAGUUUGCUAACAGCUUGACAAUGAAUCGUGAAUCCGUCAGCUGGAUUUGGCGAAACACCAUGAUUCACGAUGGGCCUGUUACACAUUCGGUUAGAUCCAAAUAUCUAAAUGAUGUGAUUAUGACUGUUGGAGGAAAAACCUUUGCCGUCUGGAGGGAAGAUUUUUCGGAGCCUGUCUUCAUUAAACGAUCAAGCGUGAGGUACACCGCGUGCUCGUGGGGUACAUCUCGCCCUACGGUUGUACUUUUGGGACGCGCUGAUGGAACUAUAGAAAUCUGGGAUCUAAUAGUCAAGAGCCACGAGGCGUGUUUCACUCAAAACCUCUCCGGGAGAAUGAUAACCGGGAUCUACACUCAUGAACUUUACCUAAAUCCUCAGUGCGUGGUAUUUUGCGACUACAACGGGGCCAUGAGAGUCUUCCUUGCUCCAGCGAGUCUAUUACUCUUUGAAGAGACUCAGAUUAAAUGGAUGAGAUCAUUUGUCGAUCGAGAAGUCGAUAGGAUACGAGAAUUCCAUGAGUGGCAAAGUUCUUGGAAUGAAAAAAAUUACGAAAGUACAGAAGAGCAAGGGCAGAAAGGAGAAGAAAAAAAAGAGAUUCUGAAGAGAACAGCAGAGAGAGAAGAAAAGGAUCAAGCGGAAAUAGCUGAAAUGGCUGAGAAAAUCGGCUUGACGCAACUGAAACGUAAACCCGGACAAUUUAUUGAAGAAGCGAAAAAUCGCUGGAAGUUGAUGGAGCUCAAACGAAUGCAACAGAUCAUUCUCCAGAAGAAAGGACUAAGGGCCGAUGAUAUUGACAGAAAACAAGCGCCAGUACUUAAAUUACGUAAAGAGACAAAACUGAAAAAGAAGAGAGUUGAUGAAACUUUGCGACAGAAAAAUAAAAUAUUCGAGGAAACACUGAUUUUUCUAUUUCCGGAGAGGCAUGAUAAACGAGUAAACUACUCUACUGCUAUCCAAGACUCGGAGAUUCCAGCUGCAUACGGUUCACCCGCUUCUGGAGAGACGGAAAGAGAGGAAAUGGAGGCACUCAUGAAUCGUGUGAAAGCAGAACAAACCCCUGAGGACAGAGAAGCAAUACUUAAAGAGCAUAAAAAAAUUUGCGGUGAAGCACUCAAACACCUGGAGGAACACCCGUUCAAGGAUUUUUUUAAUUGGCAAAAAGUAAUGAGUGAGGGGGAGCACAGGCGACACUCUCUUGAUGUUCAAUUAAGAAAUACUUUGAAAAAACGAAGCAAAGCACCAAAAGUAAUGUGAUUAUCGUAAUCCAAGGGCAAUGUUAUCUAAAAUAAAUUAGUGACAGAUGCGAUUAUAUAUGUAUAAUAAAAUUUCACGUAUUGAAUGUACGCCCAGUGCCGUCACCGUCAAUUUCAAAUGGCAAUUGGCUUUUUUUCAAUAUCCUAUCGUACCGAUUUACCUUAUAUCUGUGUGAUGAUAUAUGGAAGCGAUGUUACGAAGGUCAACCCGGAUGGGCAAAAGGUCGGACUGUAAUAAUCGUUAGGGCCAGACGGUGCGCCACCACCGCAAUGUGAAAUCUCGUAU